AUGAUCGAUAUUCUGUCAACUUGGUCUUUGGUUAAAUUAAUGCUAGUCAAUAUUUUGAUUCUUGGUUGUGUUCGAUGCGAUAUUAAUUGGAAUGGAAAUAAUUGGGCCUUAGCAUGUGAUUUUUUUGAUAAUAAUUUGUCGAAUGCUCGUAUUGCAUCAAAUCUUUGUAGUGAACGAUGUGCUCAAACUUCAGAAUGUACUCACUAUACAUGGACUAAAUAUAGUGAUGGUACUUGUUGGAUGAAAUAUGGUGGGGUUUCCAAAAGUGAUGCCGUCUAUACCAAUGAUACAACUAUGAUCUGUGGUAUAUUGGAUACUGUUAUACAAAGUGGCAUCCAGUGGAACGCGAAUAAUUCGGCCUUCGGAUGCUAUUUUCGUGGAAAUGAUAUGUCUAAUGUUCUUAUUGCAUCAAAUCUUUGUGCUGGACAAUGUGCUCAAACAUCAGGAUGUUCUCACUUUGUAUGGACUACAUAUAUGGGUGGUACUUGUUGGAUGAAAUCUGGUGUGGUUUCCGAAAGUAAUGCUACCCAUACUGGUGAACCAAGUAUGCUCUGUGGUAUAAUAAAUGCCUCUUCAAUAGCUGCAGUUGCUGGAACUACCACUUCAUUCGGGGAUUCCUGCACACCUGGAUGUGGUGUUGAGGGCUAG